AGGCUGCUGGAACAAGAUAGAAAAAUGAUUCUUGUCUACGUCAAUAUUUGGGAUCUGGAAAAGAGUUGCCAACAGCUGAACUGCAAACACUGAGAGAUGUCCUAAGAUAUGGUACUUUUUUAAGAGAAACAAGCAAACUAAACAGAAGAAACUAUAGUAAUUCUGAUUUGAUCCAGGAUAUUUAUGAUAAACUUUCAAAAAAAUUACAAAUUGCCAGUGUUUUAUUUGUGCCUCCCGUAAUUAUUUUAAAACAUAAUUGGUAACAAGACUUAAAGUUGCAUGGAACAAAGCUAUCCUGGUUUUUCAAAAAAGAACAAGUAAAUUUAUAAAACAAAAGUUUAAUUUAAUUAUUGACAAACUAUUUGAUUUGGUAGAGUGUAACUGUAAAAUAUCUCUUUGUUCUGAGCAAUGCUGUUCUACUGACUGUAAAGUUGGUGCCCACAUUACCUCCAAAUGAACUGGUUUAUAUAAAAGCCCAACGAGAAAAGAUUGGAUCUUUAAGUUCAUAUCAACUUGGGCCUGCUGAUUUGAUGGAGUCCAAAAAGUUCAAAAAAGUACAAAGUUGCAAACGAAGAAGAGAAGAAGAAAAAAUAAAUGAGAGAAAAAAAACACACUAAUCAAAAAGAAAAUAAUACGCAGUAUGAACAAGAUAACGAACAUGAAAAUUAUGAAUAGAAAUCUAAUGAAAAUGAGAUUUUUUCUAUUCAAAAGCCUUGUACAAAAUAUUUGAAAAAAAUCUAGAAAUUAUGAAGAUAUCUCUAAUAUUGCAUUAGCCAGUAUUCGAUAUGGUGUUGGUUUAAGAGCAACUGCAGCCAUAGCUACUGCAGCAUGGGUAGAUGGAGGAGCUUACUUGAUGAAGCAACCAAUCUUGAAAUUAACCCUUUUUUUAGUAGAGUGGAAACUGGUGAGCCUCUAAUUAACUUGAGUAAUAAUGUGGUUAAAGACCUUUCAACAGAUCAGUAUUAUGGCUAUCAAAUAGUUAAAGCUAUACGCAGUGGUCAUGUUUCUCAGCAACUAGGACUUCUGGAAAUUGGCCCUGUUAACAUGGCCAGAUGGCUAACAACAGCCAAUAGAAUAUGUAGAAUUUGGGUAUCUCAUCAUGGUCUUCAAGGCGAUGCAGCCCAAAACCUUCUUAUUCUAGUCGAGUUUAUUGUAGGAGUGUACUUUCCUGUCUGGUUUAACAUCAAAGUUAAAUAUAAUUGGACAGAAGGACCAAAACAUGUUCUUUACCAGCUUAAGUUGCUUCAACACCAGUCACUCGAUAUUCAAAAUAUGGUCAUUCCAACUAUUAAGCGAUCUGCUUGGUAUGCCUUCUCUGAAUCUAUUCUUCAAACUAUGCUUUGUUCUGAAAAUAAAGAGGAGAGAGAUUUCAGUGUAAACAAAAUUCUUGAAAUAAGAGGAGAAGGUGAUAAAAAUGUACAACUUGGAGAUCUAUCUGUUAGACCAAGAAGGACACCAGGUAUCAAUACUAAAGCAAUUUGUCUCAAGGACCUUAUUGAUUGGAAUGAAGCUUUUGAACCACCUUUGACUUGUUGCAUGACAACUAAAGACAUCAAAGAGUAUUUUUUUAAACCAAUGAUUGUACCAAACUGGUGUUGCCACACUCAAGCUGUCAAAAGAUGUGUAAAAAAAGUUACCCAGGCUUGCGAAAAUGUUUUUACAGAAGAUAGAAGAGAUGGUUGGAUUAAAGGACAAGAGUUGUCACAGAAGUUGAUGUCACGAAAUCUAUCUAAACAAAACCUUAUUGGCUUGACAAUGUUUAAGAAUUAAUCUUUAUUGUACUUUAUUUUAAUGUGCCAGUAGAUGUUUUGUGGAUCUA